AUGGAACGGUUCGAUGAUUUGUGUGAGGUGUUUCAUGAGUUCUGCGAAGAGUGUCGCUAUCGAUAUCGGCGCAGAGGCUUCCCGAGUGCCGUGUCGUGGAUCGUCGUGGCCAUCGCGCUCGCCGUCCGCCACGUUGCGUGGUCCCUAUUCAUGCACUGCAUGAAAUAUAACCCUUGGUCUCGAUACAACAGGAACAUUCGCAAUCAGUUGCAGGCGGAGACGGGGCUCCAAUCGAUGAUUCGGGGGGGGACGCAUCGAGACAUUGCGGACAGCUGGAAGAGCCCGACAGCGUGUGCCCAUCCUGCAUCGUUGGAUUCGAAGCCAAACUAUUUGUUUGCGCGCAUUCCAGCAGAGAUUCGGCAGCAAAUAGUCCACAUGGCUUUUGGGGAGCAGAUCCUCCACAUGGACCUGUCCUUUCGUUACUCAUCCCCUACCCUCGACGGGAGCUCGGCCGAGAUGGGUGUCAAAACCCAUGCCGGGCUCCUGGGACCGUUGGGCUGCAAAUCGGACCUCAAAACACUCGUCGGUAAUCGAGAGAAAAAAUGUUGGAUAUGGUACGGCUGCGUCUGCCACAGGUUCUCGCCAAACGCAACACCGCUCUCUCUGGGUAGACGAAGCAACCGUCCGGUGCGGCCCCGAUGCGACCCGGAUGCUGACAAGUGCCUUUUCGGAUGGGCAAAAUGUGACGAGUGGCCUGGAGAGUGGCCUGUGAAAUGUCGAAUCGGCAUCAUGGGAUGGCUGCUCACCUGCAAGCUCGCCUACGUCGAGGGCAUCCAUGUGCUCUACAGAACGAACACGAUCCAUAUCGCCUCGCCGGCCCUCUUGCGGAGCUUGCAACACCUCCUGCCACCUCGGCGGUUGUCCGACUUGACCUCGCUCGAGCUGGUCUGGGACCCCAGGACUCUUCGGCUCGGUAGCUUCUUUGCCUCGAACGAAACGUCCAAAAGGAAUGAUGAGGAACGGCCAUUGUUUCCAUCGCUGCAAUAUCUUCGCAUCCAAGUUUCGUUUAUGGAUUAUGAAGACAACACAGCAGAUUGCUGCACGCAUCUCAUUCCUCCCAUCGGUUACAAGGCAGGCCUGGCACGUUCACUUCGCGACCAAGUAUUCCCCGAGAUGGACGCGCUGCUCGAGAGAGCGGUCCGGCCAACCGCCGAAGUCACGCUCUCGUGCCCCGAUUGGCCUUGGUACGACGUCAUCGAAGCUCGCCUCGUGGAGGAGCAAGGCAGGGACAGGACGAAACCGCAGCAAGCCGACAUCGGGGGCCUCAAGUGCUGGAUGGAGACACCGAAGAGCGCACCGGACGUAAGUGACGGUGAUGUGGAAAGCGCCCAAGGGAAUGGCGGUCCCAGGCAAGGUUACUGGAUCCAUGCCCCCAUGCGGAUGGUGAAAUUCGAAUAUGAUGGCGUUUAUGACUGGGAUCGACACAGGCAAUAUGGCCUCGGGGAUGCAGAGUGUCGUCCUUGCCAGCAAGUCGACACAUAG